UAGGGCCUUCUCUUGCGGGGUAGUAGGGGCCUCGGCCGCGAGUGGGAGAGGUUGCUUAAACUUGCGGUGUCCCACAGCCAGCGGGAAGCAAACGGUUUCUCUGCGGGUCAGGAAUCCAGCGACUCCUCUUACCAGCGUCAUGGCAGUCCCAGGUUGCAACAAGGACAAUGUCAGAGCAGGCUGUAAAAAAUGUGGCUACCCUGGUCAUCUGACUUUCGAAUGCCGCAAUUUUCUCCGAGUAGACCCCAAGAGAGACAUAGUUUUGGAUGUCAGCAGUACCAGCAGUGAAGAUAGUGAUGAAGAGAAUGAAGAACUGAAUAAAUUGCAGGCAUUACAGGAGAAAAGACUAAAUGAAGAAGAGGAGAAGAAAAAAGAGAAAAGCAAAGAGAAAGUCAAAUUGAAGAAAAAGAGGAAAAGGUCUUGUUCUAGUUCCACUGAAGAGGACUCUUCAAAACAAAAAAAACAAAAAUAUCAGAAGAAAGAGAAGAAAAAAGAAAAAAAGAACAAAUCAAAAAAAGGAAAACAUCACAAAAAGGAGAAAAAGAAGAGAAAAAGGGAAAAGCAUUCUUCCACUCCUAAUCAUUCUGAAUUCACCAAAAAGUAACUAAAACUUUGUUCUAAGUCAAGAAAUUUAAAUUUUCAUUUAAAAAAUUAUUUGCCCUUCUUUAGAAUUUGCUAUAUAAUUAUGCAUUGCAAUAAAUCCCAGCAUUUUCCAUAUGGACAUUUUUCCUAUGUGGGACCAUUAUGCCUGCCCAUAAGUACUAAAUCAGUCUUGAUACUUGAUAACCAUGUCUCAAGUAUAGAUAUUUGUACAUACAAAAUACAUCACCUUUGGUAUUUGUAUCUCUGUGUGUUUGGCUAGUGUUAUGGCUUUGUUGUGGUCAACACAAGUAACCUUCCUAGCAAUUAAUGACUGUGCUGAACCAAGUGUCCACCUUUUAGUAAUGCAGCUCGGUAUGAGGUAGUGAUUUGCUCUUGAUACUGAAAAUUUUAAUAGCUUUAUAUACUACAAUGUAAGGAUAGCGAAAUUCUUUACUAUUCUUAGAUCUCUAGGCUUUUUUAAUAUCAUAGGAGAUAAAGCUGCUUUACUGGUCUUGAGUACUAGUUUUUAAAUGAAUGGUGUCUGCAGGAAGAUAAUAAUGAAAACAUUUAUAACAGUUUCAUUGUUUUAUAGAAGUGCAAUUUCUAGGGAUGCCUCCUUUGUUUUUGUAACAAUUAAAAUAAUUUCUUCCUUGUUUAAAGAGACUAGUUCAGCCUAUUAGAAAGUCUGACAGAGAUGAUACAGUGUUGGUCAGGAUUUUUAGGAUAGACUCCUGGGUUGUUUUACAAAUGUGCCAUAUUGGCAUGUCUUACAGUGAUACCUCAAACGCAGAAAUUGUAUUUAGGAAGACAGUAAAAUCUUCAUUAGGAAUGAUUUUUAUUGUAUUUCGUAUAUAAAUUUUAUGAAACUGUUGAUGAGUAAUGUCAGAUUUUUUUAUAAAUGUUAGCAUAUAUAUUUCUUUUGUCUGAAAUAAUUUAUAGUUUUGAAGCAAGUUUCACACUGAACUUCUGGUUUCAUAAAUAACCAGUUUAAGGCAUUUCUCUUUUACUCCAGUCACAGAUCUCAGUAGCAGUGACAAAAUUUAGAAUUAAGAGUUUUAUCCUGUACUUUUUAAAAUUGAAGAGCCAAGGAGUUGUAUCAUGAAUGCCUUUUUAUAAUAAUGGAAAUUUUAUAUGAGUAAGCAUUUUCAAACUCAUGUUAGUAUACAUAAAUGUUUCUUACCUUUUUAUUUUCAUGGUGAUAGUAUUACAUAAUUUGCUUAAUAUUUGGCAUUCUUUAUGCUCAAUAAAUUAAACACUUUAAUGUUGUAACAGCACUGAAAAUCAACCUGUUAACAUGACACGGCACCAAAGAUUGCAAGUACCUCACUGUGGUGCACUUACAAAUUUCAAAUUGGUAACCUACAGAUAUGGCUGCAGUUGAAUUCAUGACGGUGAAAUCAGGUAGGUGCAUGUGACUUGCUGACUGGAAAGGCUUACUCAUUCUUCCUUCACCUAGCACCCUGUCUGGCAUGCCCUGAAUAAGGUUCGGGGGCCUCAUAACUCCUCUUGAUAUAUGCUUACCUGUGUUCAAAUUUUAGGGACGCUGCACCCAGACCCCAUCUUACCAUGGCAGCCAUGAAAGCUCUUUCGGCCACCUCAAAAUAAAUUCUUUUAUUUAAAGAGUUCAGUCAGUUUUUUGGAAAAAAACAUAGAACAAUUAGAUUUUUAAGUCUUUCCUAAUUUAUGAAAAUACAAUUGUCAUAAUACAGUUGUCCAGACUUAAAAAAAAAAAAGAAGAAAGAAAAAAAGAGCUUUUCCAAAAAUGAUUGUCAGAUACUACGUAAAGAAGAUGGCCUCAUCCCAUUGGGUGUGUGCCAUGGUUAAUGAUGACGGUAGUUGUAGGAAAAAUUAAUCAAGUUAUUUUUAAGUUUUACUUCUGUUAAUUAUAAAACUUAUAAAUUGACUCAUUAGGUUUUUUUCCCUGGUGACCUGAUCCAGAAGAAUUAUAUAAAGU